AUGUCGUGUGACAAUUUGAACCUAGAUGCUACAAUUGACAGCAACAGCACGACAUCAGAGCCACUCACACUCGACAGUAUCAGUCGCCUUUUGGAUUCUAAGCUUAAGUCCAGUUUUUUAGAAUUUUCUCAAGUGUUUAGAGCUACUUUAAAGCAAGACAUUGUAGAUAUCGUUCAUAGAGAAAUGAAUCCAGUAAUACAAGAAAUAAAAAACGAUUUCACGAAUACUACAGAUUUCAUAUGUGAGGAACAAAAAUACCUUAAACUCCAAAUAGAAGAAAAAAAUAAGAUCAUUAAGAAUAUGGAGUCUGAAAACAUUCGUUUGCAAGCAUCUUUAAGUAGAAUUGAGGAUGAGCUGGCUAUCAUGGAGAGGAACUCAAGAGCCUGCAACGUUGAAAUACAAGCUGUACCGGAGAGCAAAAAUGAAAAUGUGUUAAUGUUGUUCAAGAAAUUAUGUAGUGUCAUUAACUUUACAGUGGAUGAUUCUUCCAUACGAUUUUGCCAUCGUGUAGCCAAGAUGAAUCAUACUUCCGGGCGGCCUCGUAACAUACUCGUGGGUCUAUCUUCUACUUCUCAACGAGAUGAAAUUUUGUCUGCAUUUUAUCGCUUUAACAAGGCUCAUCGUAAUGAUAGACUAGGAUCAACACAUUUGGACAUCAAUGGAGAACAUCAGAAAAUAUUUGUGAGCGAACAUCUUUCACCAACUUUAAAAAUGUUAUACUCUGAAUCUCGUAAAUUAACUAAAUCUCAUAACUAUAAGUAUGUAUGGGUACGUUUUGGAAAGAUUUUCGCUAGACGUGACGAUGAUAGUCCCGCCAUCUGGAUAAAGAAUCAUGAAAUUUUAGAUAAGCUUCAAAAGCCUUAA